AUGAGCUCUGCUGAGCGGCAUGCGGUUAUGCUUCAGGAUUGGCUCUUCGCGUGGGAAAUCAUCGCAUCUUUCAGCUCCCCACGAACAGUGUGUGACCUUGAGACCUUAUCACGUGAUGUUCAUAAGGUGAUACGUGACAGUUCCACUGGCACACGCCUUAUGCAGAGGUAUUGGAACGUGCAAUACCACCGACUCGUAUGGGGAGAUGAAGACCUUGAUAUCGGGAAACGUACACUUCAUUUCUCCCUACCGCGCGCCUCCGGGCGAAAGAACUGGAAGAAGUUGUAUCGGGAAGAGUAUCCGCUUUGGCUCGCUCGCACCUUUCAGGGGAUGGGCUCGCGUAACAAUGAUAUCAAUGAAGCAAAGGUGCGAUUUCAGGUGGAGCCGGCGAAUGAACUGCUAAGUGGAGAGGCGAUGGAAAGCCUGGAACUUACGCAGGAGGAAACUGUCGCACGGCGUGUAGCAAAAGGUUUUGUCCGUGUGGAAGAAGGAAGCGGUAGUGGGCCCAACUCAGUGGAUCGCAGGGGCAGGCGGAAGAGUGGUGGCAGUCAAAACCGCAAAGAGAAGCUGGUGGCCAAAGAUCCGGCGGAGGGUCUUCAGCGUGAGGACUACAAAAAUGACCGGCGCCUUCAGAAGCACAGGACAAAACAUAAUAAAGGCAAGGGGGGCACAUGGGACGGGUACGCAGAUGGUGAGUUUGAUUAG